CAAAUAAAUCAUAGCAAAUAAAUAUUAUAUAGACUUAUGAUGUUAUUAGAUAACGAUAAACUAGCAGCUUUAGAAGAUGAGUUUAACGAACAUCCAAACGGUAUAGAAUUAGCGAAUUUUGUAUGGUUAAUGAAAUGUGCUAUAAUGCACUCUUAAGAAGAGAAAUAUGAAUUAAUAAACGGCCUAAUAAAAUUAUUUGAAGACAUAGAUAUAAAUGGCGAUUAACAUAUGGAAUGGAGUGAAUUUACAUAAUAUAUAAUAGACGCUGUAAUUGGAGAAAAAGAUGCUAUAUUUUUUGACGCAAGAUUUGAAAGGGAAAGAGAAAUGACAGAAUAAGAAAUUUUCGAUAGGGCAUACUCUAAAAAAUCAAAGAGAUAUUUUCCUUGCAAAUAUUUUGAUAAUAUGAACCAUUAAGGCCAUAUUAUAAAAGCUAUAUAUUCUCCUCAUAUAGAUGCAGUAAUUUCUUUAGAAUAAAAUUCAUCAAAGUUAAAAUAUUAUUAUACAGAAUGUAAAGAAAUUGAAAUUUAAUAAAAAAAAGUAAUAAUUUAACCACCAGCAGAGGAUAAACUACAACCUUUUAUAAUUGAUUUUACUAUAGCUGAAUAAUUAAACACUAUUGCAAUAGUUGCAUCAAACAGGUAAUUUUAUUUUUGGGAAAAUAAUUUAUCAAUGCGCUGUAUUAAAAUAUUUAAACAUGAUGUUUUAUAAACUGGAAUCUUCUAUUUACCAAUUCAUAAAAUGUGGAUAACUGCAGGAGCUGAUUAUAAUAUUCGAACUUGGAAAUUUAACUAAUUUUAAGAUUAAGAAAAAAUACAUCAUGAUAAAUUAAUGAUUGCCCAUCUUAAAACAAUCACUAAAAUUGAAGAAUUAAUGUCUCCUCGAUUAAUUGCUAGUUCUUCUUUAGACGGAAAAAUAAAAUUAUGGGACUUAACUGAUCCUUCAAAUCCUCCAAUACUUAUUACAGAACUUAGAGACCCUAAUUCAAGUAUUAGAGGUGUUUUAGGUUUAACAUAUUCAUGUCAUUAUGGUUCUAAUUUAUUAAGUUAUGGAUUUGAUUAUCAUAUUAAUAUUUGGUGUCCAGAAGUGUCAAUUACAAGACCUUUUAUUGGAAAGCUAGAAGGACAUAGUAGUUUAGUUUAAAUUUGUAAAUUUAUGGACUUUUCUCCUAAUGUUAUUUCUGUAGAUGAUAAAUGUAAUGUUAGAAUUUGGGAUAUUAGAGGAAUGAAUACUAUUCAAGUAAUAAAUUCUGACGGUUAAUUUUCAAUAAUUUAUGAUGCUUGUAUAAUUUAUAGUUAAAAAAAAGAUAUGUUUAUUUUAACAGGAAAAAGGUUAGCAUUUUUUGAAAACCUUUAAUUUUCAGGAAAAAAAUUAAAUAUAAACGACGAUGUUUAUCCUUUAUCUAUACAAUUUAAUUAUUAUUAUAAAUAAUUUUGUAUUUUAACAAAAAAUGAUAUGAGAAUGUAUGAUGCCAUGACAGGAAAAUUAAAAAAAGUUUUCAAUGAUUUAUAAGACGAAAAAUAUCCUGUUGAUUUAUCCACAUUUUGUUUAGGAGCUCGUUAAAGGAAGUUUUUUGUCGCUGAUAAUGUAGGUUUAAUCCGCUAAUAUAAUAUGAAAAACGGUUCUUAAUUAAAAUUAGUUAAUACAACAGAUGAAACUGAAAGUUAAGAUUUUACUAAAAAACAAAUAACGAUAAAAAAAAAAGAAAAUAAUUAAAUAUCUUAAAUAUUAUAUCUAACAGAAGAAAAAUUAUUAAUAGCCUCAUAUUGGGAUUCUACAGUAAGAAUUUAUGACGAAGAAGAUUCAGAAGAAACAGUUUUGUUAAAAAUUAUGACAGGUGGCCAUAAAGAUAGUGAAAUAACCACAUUAACAUAUUCUGAGAAAUUCAAAUUAAUAGCAAGUGCUUCAAGUAACGGUUAUAUAGCCAUAUGGGAAUUCGAAACUGGAAAACUAGAAAGUAUACUAGUCGCAAGGGAAAAAGGUGACAUAACAACCAUGUCAUUUGGUGAACCAUAUCCUAUAUUAAUAACUGGAGGUACUUCAGGAGUAUUAAAUAUAUGGGGAAUAAAGGGCGCUCCUACAUAAUAUAUAUAUAGAAGUAUAGGGAGAUUUAUAAACAGUUAUUCUGAAAAUGAUAAAAUUAAGGAAAAUCUUCUUGUUUUUCCAACUGAAAACGUAGUUUUUUUUAAUGAAAACGACAAUUUUUAUUCUAAUAGUAAUUAAUAAUCAACUGCCGCAAAUAGUGUUAAUGCAGGUGAAAAAUACUUCGAAAAGUAAAUCGAUUAUCAAUAUUAUUAUAAAUAAUAUGAAACUACUCGAGAAGAAAAUAAAAGAAGAUUCUAUGUAGUAGUUGGGGAUUAAAAAGGGAUGGUUCAUGUAUGGAAUUUGACUGAAUAUUUACAAAAAAGGAAUAUAAUUCCUAUUAAAAAUGAUAAAAAGAAAAAAUAUUAAUAAUUAAGAAGAAAAGAUUUCAUCAAUGCUUCCAAAACAGUCGAUUUUAUACUUUCUUCACCAGAAAGAAGAAAUGAAAAAUUGCCUUUCUAUACUCAUGCUUUUAACUCUAUACUUAUUAAAAGAUGGACUGCUCAUUAAAAUCUUAUUAAUUUUAUACUCAGAAUACCUUAACCUUUAUGUUAUGCUACAUGUUCAUAAGAUAAAUGUGUGAAAUUUUUUAAUUUAUAAGGUGAUUGUUGGGCUAAUAUUAGUUUAGUUAAAUUUGGAAAAAAUUAAUGGAGCUUUCCAUUUGAUUGGGUAGAAUAUAAAUUAUAAGAUAUGAAAUAAGUAUUUGAAUAGUUAGAAAAUUUAGAAAACUAACAAUUAAAUGAUGAAGAUUAAAAUAAAAUAAAAUUAAAGUAUUUAAGUAAUUAGUACUUUCAAGAAAAUACAUUUGAAAAAGUAAAAGAAGAAAAAUAUAAUAGAAUAUUUCCUCCAAAAGUCAUAAGUUAAGAAGAAUAAGAAAUUAUAGAAAAAAAGGAACUUUAUACAUAUAAAUAUAAACCAAAACCAUAUAUAGAUCCUAUUUCUUAAUUAAAAAAAUAAAUAAAAGAAGAAGAUGAACUUGCUAAAAUAAGAGAUAAGAAAAAAGAACCUUUUAAAAAAAUAAAAGUAAUAGAAGAAUAUGUUUAAGAAGAUGUCAAUUCUAUUAAAUAAUUUUAUAAUGCAGCUCCAAAAACUAAAAAUUAUUUGUUCUAAAAUACUAAUUUGUAAUAUUUUAAUAAUAACCUAGAACUAAUAUAAUAAGGAUAAAAAAUUGAUAUUAAUUAAAAUAGAGUUAGUACUUCUACAUCAAAAAAAGAAAAUAAAAAUGAUAAUUAAUCAAAAAUAAGAUAAUAAUGUGAAUUUAUAAUAUAUAUUUUUAAUUUAUUUUAUUAUUUUUAUUUAGAAAAAAAGAACCUAGUAUAAUUAAUAAAUUAUUAGAAAAUAUAUAAUAAAAACAUACAUAAACUACAAUUUAAUCUAAUAAAAACUUAUUAAAUAAAACUAAUAUAAGUUUCUAAAAAUAAAAUAAUGAUAUUUAUAAAAAGUAUAGCUUUUAAAAAUUAUAACCUUUAGUAAAAGACGAAUCGUAUUUAUAUAUAUAAAUAUUUAUACUUUUAUUGA